AUGGCAUACACUGAGGAAAGACUCCUGCAAGCCAAGCGGCUUUUUGACCGCAGCAGGAAUCAGUUCUCCAUGCGCCCGCAUUUGGCUGGCCCUUAUCACCUGCGAGAGCGUGCAUCCAAACGUGCCGUUGUUCUUGGGUCAUGGUAUGACAACGACGAAGAUGAAGACUAUGAGCCUCCCGGAAAGCGAACACUGAGCAAGCGCAAGGCAUCUAUUUUCCAUGAGGCUGAUCAAGACCCCCGACCCACCAAAAGAUCUCGAAGUCUUUCUCCAGCCCGUCCAUCUGGUUCACGGUUGGACUCAGACACAGAGGGGUAUGCUCCUGAGAUUCCUUCAUCGCCCUCCCAACACAGCGAGCCGGACAGCUGGGAUCGAUACUGGGCUGUCAAUCCUGAGACAAUCAACCAAAACUCAGGUUACAGCCUGCGACGCCGCAACAACGACACAGUUCCAGGCCUACCGCAAGGAAACGAUGCCACCAGUGUCGAGCCGUUGGCAACAGCGCUUCCUGGAGAUGCUCUCCCUGCCGACAAGGGAUUCUCAUUGAGAGAGUGCUCUGCAUGUCAAGACCUCGGCUUGGAAUGCUCGCUUUUGUCAGAUCCUGAUCAGUUCGCCUAUCCUUGCGCAGCCUGUGGACAGGAUGAGCUUUCUUGCGUUGUCAGUCCAGCACCGAAAUGGAAGCAAACAUGCGAGAGUUGCAAGGAUCAACGGAUAGGGAUUUGUUCUUAUCGUUACGCAGAUUACGACCAUACCCUGCCUUGCCAGGUGUGCAUCAAUCACGGAUUUGAUUGUGUUGCCGGACCAGCCAGAACCGCACCUUUCAAACUCGGCGAAUCAAGUCCUACCAAAGUCGACUCUCCACCAACCUCUGGUCUAUCACACAGUACCCCAGAGGCCACCGUUGCUCAGGAUCAAAAGUCAUCUCACCGAAGCAGUCCUUUGGACAUCAACUCUCUUCUCAAUCCCGCAUCUCCAUACGACGUUUUUAGAUCCCCUAGCAUUGAGGACCAAAAGAAACCUCACACAAGCAGUCCUUUGGACAUCAACUUUCUUCUCAAUCCCGCAUCCCCAUAUGAGGCUUUUAGAUCCCCCAGCAUUGAGGAUCAAAAACAAUCACACGCAAGCAGUCCCCAGAAGAGUGGUACUCCAGCAGCAUGUACAUCAACACAUGGCCCUGCAGCGUUCUCCACAGCCGAGAAAUCUGAUCCAAAUAAACCAAGCAAUUUCCCAAAGAUCUCCACCCCAUCUCAUGCUAUCACAGAGUUCUUAAAUGGUCAAGGAGCUCAACCGCUCAACACGACACCAACCAAUGCUCUGCAAGACCCUGGGACACAGAAUGGCAUCAAAGAUCCCUCCGUUGUCAAACAACCUCCUCCAAUUGAUGUGAUCAUAAUAGAUUCGGACGACGACGUUCCGAAUGGCCAGAAUACACCGAUUUACAUAUCCGACUCUCCUCCUGCCGAUUCAACUUCUUUGCCAACCACCGAGAAUCCACAGACCGAGAAAAUAUAUCGCUUGUGGACUCUUCUUGCUCAUCCAGUGGAGUUUCUCGCAAAUGUUCCUCUCGACGGAUCUCGCCCUUGCCAUUGGUGCCAUAACUUUGCAUAUGGUAUCGUUGGGCUCGGUGGUCGUUGCACGGAGAUCUUAGAAUAUGGCGAUGGCACCAUGAUUGAGCUUGGGGAUGGCCAUAUUGACGAGCAGAAAGAGCAAAGCAGGAUGUGCCUCGAAUGCACCUACGAUAGGGUCAAGAUCUUACAAUGCUCUCAUAACAGUCUCGUCCCACUGCCUGCAUCUCUGUCUACACACGACGCAGCACAGCGGGAUGCUGCCUUUGCGAAUCUGAAGCAGGCUGCAGACGUGUUACUUGACCCACUGACUGGGAAAACUGGUUCUUCUUUCCCACUCUCAAGUCACAAGUGGUGCAGCCUGUGUCAAGAGCCUGCAUCCUUCUCUUGCCAAACCCUUCAACCAGUCGAUGUCUACGCCGCGAUUGUGGAUUGUGACGAAGAAACCUAUGGAUGCGGUUUUAUGCUUUGCAAAAACUGCCAUGACCUUACCAACCAUUUCAAGGGAAAUCUCCAUGCUGUUGUUGCAUUCCGUCGCGAUCGUCUUGCACCCCUCCGAGCCGAUGUUGAUUACCUCCUCCCCAAAGCCGAACACAACACCAUCUACAACUUCUACAUGGAGGAUUAA